AUGAUAAAGCACACCAUUCUUGCCCUUGGGCAUCUUGCAGCCCUGACAACGGCAGCAAGCCAGACAUGCCUCGCCAAAGGCCCGGCAGGCUACUGCAAGCAGCUCACAUGGGAGGCGCAAAAGAACCAAACCGGCGCCCCGACUAUUGACGAGUGCCAGCAACUAUGCCCAGUCGUAUCCCAAGACCCCGAGAGCUGGUUCGUCAACCUGACUGGCGCCGCCGUCGGCGAGAAGCGCGGCUUGAUCAAUGGCUACCCGUGCCACUUUUCGCUGGGUCGAGGUCCUGGCCAAGGCGAUCCGCUCAAAUUCUCUCUUGCCAAUGAGGAUAUUCUCGGCCUCAUUGACGGUGCCGUUGGACGAUUCGGCAAUAGCGGCCACGUUGCAGCUACGGGCACCAUGAAUUGCGAGGGCAAGAAUAUCACUUGGUGGAUUGACUAG